AUGUCGUCUUCCAAACUCACAGGGGAGGACGCCGAAUUCCGGCUGAUCCUGGUGGGAAAGUCUGGAGGCGGGAAGAGAGCCACGGGCAACACCAUCCUUGGCCGGCCUGUGUUCCAGUCCAUCCUGGAGCCAAACACCCCCACGGUGAAGUGCAAAUCGGGUGAAGGAAGAUGGAAGGGCAGGAAGAUCUCCGUGGUCGUCACACCCGACAUUUUCGAUUCUGAAAACCACAGUGAGAUUGUGGAAAAGGAGAUCAAGGCUUGCAUCGAACUCUCCCGGCCUGGCCCCCACGCCCUGAUCUUUGUGACCCAGGUGGGACGCUUCACCACCGAAGAUGUGACAGCUGCAAAGCGUGUCCGGGAUAUCUUUGGGGACGAAUCCACCAGGCACACGAUCGUCCUCUUUACCCGCGAGGAGGAAUUGAGAGGGGAAUCCCUGCAGCAGUACGUCCGAAAUUCCAACAACCGCAAUCUGCAGGACCUGAUCCAGCGGUGCAGGUACAACUACUGUGGCUUCAACAACAAGGUCGCAGGAGCCGAGCAGAAGAGGCAGGUCUCGUUGCUGAUGGAGACGGUGCAGAGAGUCAUUUUGGGGAACAGGAGAAGACACUACGUCAUCCCGCUGCACAAGGGGCCCAAGGCAGCUACGGAUGACAAGGCCAAGCCGGAUGGAGAACGGGAAGAAUUGAUGAUGGAAGGGGAGGACGCCGAACUCCGGCUGAUCCUGGUGGGAAAGUCCGGAGGCGGGAAGAGUGCCACCGGCAACACCAUGCUCGGCCGGAGAGAGUUCGAGUCCAUCCUGGAGCCGAAGACCACCACCCUGAAAUGCCAAAGGGGUCAAGGAAUAUGGCAGAACAGGAAGGUCACUGUGGUCGACACACCCGACAUUUUCGAUUCUAAAAACCACAAUGAGUCUGUGCGAUGCGAGAUCGGGGCUUGCGUCGAACUCUCCCGGCCUGGCCCUCACGCCCUGAUCUUUGUGACCCAGCUGGGACAAUUCACCCCCAAAGAUGUGAUAGCUGCAAAGCGUGUCUGGGAUAUCUUUGGGGACGAGUCGGCCAGGCACAUGAUCGUCCUCUUCACCUGCCUGGAAAACUUGGGAGGGAUCCCCCUGCAGGAGUACGUUCGAAUGUCUGACAACCGCAAUCUGUGGGAGCUGAUCUGGCGGUGCGGGAACCAUUUCUGUGGUUUCAACAAUAAAGCCGCAGGAGCCGAGCGGCAGGCACAGGUCUCGGAGCUGAUGGAGAUGGUGCAGAGAGUCGUUUCGGAGAACGGGGGGAGACACUACGUCAACCGGCUGCAUGAGGUGCCCAAGCCAAACCAGAACAGGCACCUCUGCCCGGCUCAGAAACUGGACCACCGUCUGUGGGUGGAGUGCGGGCUGUGUGACCACAUUCGGCCUCUUGGGGGAGCCCUGGUUUUCCUGCUUGCCCGCCAGCUCUUCUUCCGGGACGGAGCUGGGCCGGAACGGAGGAUUGUCCUGGUGGGCAAAACCGGGAAUGGGAAAAGCGCGACAGGAAACACCAUCCUGGGAUUCAGACACUUUGAUUCCGUCAUGUCCCCUAUGUCAGUGACAAAGACUUGCCAAAAGAUGGAGAAGGACUGGAACGGCCGGAAGAUUAUGGUUGUCGACACUCCUGGCUUUUUCGACACCAAUGUUUCAGAGAAGGAAACUGCUGCCGAAGUGAAGAAGUGCGUGAGCAUGUGCAACCCAGGUCCACACGUCAUUCUGCAGGUGAUGCGUCCUGGCCGUUUCUCCAAGGAGGAAAGGGAGGUGGCUAAGCUGAUCGGUAAAAUCUUCAACUUGAACGCCAAGAAUUACAUGAUCCUCUUGUUCACCCGGAAAGAAGACCUGGAAGGAAUGUGUCUGAAGGACUUCCUAUACCAGGAUGACAAAUCACUUAAGAGACAGAUAGAGCAGUGUGGAGAACGCUACCUGGCCUUCAACAACAAGGCCGAAGGAGAAGAACGGGAGGAACAGAUGGCCGAAUUGAUGACCAUGAUUGAUCGGCUCGUAGACAGCAACAGAGCAGCUCCUUGUUACACAGGAGACAUGAUGAAGAAAGAUGAAAAGCACUAUAAAAGGAAGUUAUCCCGGUGCUCUAUUCUCUAA